AGUGGACUUUUUGGCCACCCCCCUUCAUCUUCUUCUUGUUCCCACUUUGUGACUCCAAUUUUCAAGCAUUCUUGACUUCCGCCUGAAAUUAUUGUUGUCUUCUGGUUUAGUCAAACACCUACAUUUUAUUUUUUUUAAUUUACAAAAUUCUCCUCUUCUUAAGGUACAAAUAUAUAUAUAUAUAUUUUGAAUUCCGUUCUCUCAAAAUGAAUGUCUCUAAUCCCCAUAAUCAGGAAAUGGAGACACAAACCUCAUCUGCUGAAACCGCAUUGCCUGACCCAACAAACUAUGAUGAAACCGCUAUGCAACAAAGCUUACACUUUGCUGACAAUCUCAAGGAUUUGAAGAAUCUGAGAAAACAACUGUACGCGGCUGCUGAAUAUUUUGAGUUGUCUUACACGAACGAUGACCAAAAACAGUUAGUGGUUGAUACGAUAAAAGAUUAUGCCAUUAAAGCUAUAGUCAAUACAGUCGACCAUUUGGGCGCUGUAUCGUGCAAACUUAAUGAUCUGUUAGGCCAGAAAGUGAAUGAAGUUUCUCAAACGGAGCUUCAUGUUUCAUGUAUUCAACAGAGACUAGGAAUAUGCCAGAGGUGUUUUGAUCAUGAAGGUCUUGCCGAGCAGUCUUCCUUGAUAAAUACUCCCAAGUACCACAAAAGAUACAUCUUGCCUGUUGGAGAGACCAUGAAAGGUGGUAUUAGAACUAAAUCAAUGUACCAAGGAUGCAGUUUGGAAGAUGAAGACGACUGGCAUAAAUUUAAAAACGCUGUUCGGGCUACAAUCAGAGAAAAAACGCCAUCUUCGUUUAGAAAAGGGCGAUCCCCGUCUCCUACACGGCAACCUGGAUCAUUUGCCUUCGCUGGCGCAGUGAUCCAAAACGGUUUAGAUAAGAGGUCAGUUUCACCACUCCGAUUUCCGCUGUUGCGUACGGAGUCUUUGUCUAGUAGAUCAACCACCCCCACUUCAAGACCCAAAACUCCCAAUCCCAGUAGGCCCAGUUCAGUUGGUCGGCAGAGGGUUUCGGGGUAUCAGAAAUCAGCUUCAAUGCACGUUUACAGUGAUAGAGACGCAUAUAAAGAGACCGAUCAGACACCAAGCAAAAGUAAACGUCUACUGAAGGCGUUGCUCAGUAGACGCAAGUCUAAGAAAGAUGACACGUUAUACACCUAUUUGGAUGAAUACUGAAUUUUAUGCAGCAGCAGAUGAACAAGGAAAAGUAGCUUCUUGGUGAUCAGUGUCCUCUAGUUUAAGCACUGGUUAAACUGUAUUAUCCUUAUAAGUAUUACCACUUUUCUUUUGAACAUGAGCUUUCUAAAUCGGAUACAAGAUGUUGAAAUUUGCAUGUAGGUUUUAAAAGUUAUCAACAAGUAUACAAUGUUGUUAAACAUUUAUAACAAAAACCGAAAAUAA